UCGGAGCCGGUUGGCUGCUAAAUUUGGAGCGAAAGCAGGCGAGGCGGGGGCCAAAGCCUUCCCCCUUGGAGGAUUAUUUCCAAGCUGGUGCUGGAAGCAGAGGGAUCGAGCAGAGGAAAGAGAGAGGGAUCGACCCCUGGGGAAGAGCCGUCCCGAGCCCAGCGAAUCCCUCGAUUUUCUGACCCGCCUGCAAUUGCCGCUUCUAUUUCCCCCUUCGCCUUGUUUACUGAAUCUGUCACAGGAAUUGAUCUCGAGCUCAGUCGGAGCUUGUGGAAGAAGGGCAGGCGAGCCAGCGAGCCCAGAGAUCUUCCCUCGGUGGGCACCUGGAUUUGGCACAGCCUCGGCUAUGGCCCGCCCCGCGGCGCAAAGCAGCCCCUCUCCCAGCCCCAUGCUGGCCUCGCCCCCCGUGGGCUUAGCCAGCCCCAGCUCGGCCAUGGUCAGCCUCAAGAACCUCCUGCAAGGGCCCGUCAAGAGCCCCGAGAGGCGGGCGAACAAGGAGGUGGGAUCAUGUGUUAUCAAAGACAAGGAACGUAAAAUGGAAGAUGACAUCGGCAUUUCGCGGCCGGGGCACUGUGCGUACCUGGGCUCCCUCCUUUGGGAGCGCACUCUACCCUACAAUGAGAUUGAAUAUGUUGACUUGGACGAAUUUUUACUGGAAAACGGCUUGCCCCCGAGCCCGGCCCACCAACCCUUUUCGCCUGGCAGCCAACCCACUGCCUCGCCUUCCAGCGGAGUUGUGGUGGACCUUAGUCGCCCUGCUUCUUGCGCGUCAUCGUCUUCUGUCUGCUCUUCCUCUGGAGAAGGUCUAGUGGGGAGCGAUUACGACAACCACUGCAGCAAAACAGGUCCCAUCACACCUGUGUCCCGAAGCACGCCCAGCCCGGUGGACCCCGAGGCCGUGGAGGUCCUCAUGAACUUUGACCCAGACCCUGCGGACUUGGCACUGUCCAGCAUCCCGGGACAUGAGACCUUCGACCCACGGAAACAUCGGUUCUCUGAAGAAGAGCUGAAGCCGCAGCCCAUCAUGAAAAAGGCGCGGAAAAUACAAGUGCCGGAUGAGCAAAAGGAUGAAAAAUACUGGAACCGGCGGUACAAGAACAACGAGGCGGCAAAACGCUCCCGAGACGCCCGCCGCCUGAAAGAGAACCAGAUCACAGUGCGGGCGGCCUUCCUGGAGAAGGAGAAUGCCGUCCUCCGCCAGGAAGUGGCCAAUAUCCGCCAGGAACUGACCCGCUACCGCAGCAUCCUCUCCAAGUAUGAAUCCCAGCACGGCACCUUGUAAAACCCAUGGCGAGGAUGCUGCUGAUUUUCUCUACCGUCCCACUACUGAGGAGGUGGUGGGGCCACCCUGGUUUUUCAACCCUGACCCCCGUCUUCCCGAACCGGGCAAACAAAUAAUCAAACAACAGAUGUUUGGAACGAGGGGGAAACGGUCCGAAGCGGGCACAUUCCCCCGUGCGGGGACUACCGUGGUCCGGGUGCAGGACAGAAGGGAUAAGACUUCGUAGGGUUGGCAUGCGCUGACCCUUUGCCAAGACGAGGGCAGUGACUUCGAGACGUUGAACUUGGGCAUCGUAGGCACACGGAAAACACACCGCAAAAAAAUAUAAAAAAAAGAACCAACAACAACAACACAAGGGCUCUGUAGCACGCUGGAAGAUGUCUUGCACACACACACAUGCACACAAACACACACAUCCUAGCGUUUGGCUUGUUGGCAGACUUUUCAAUCCGAAAGGGCAGAAUUCCACUGCAGACUUCCACAUCCGUUCGUUUCUGUCGUGCGUGGCAUUUGGGCUCCGCAAAGUGUCUGGCGUGUCAGGACGGCUGGGUUCGUUCUCUUUCUCGCUGCCUCUUUGACAGCUGGUGCAUCCUUUUUUUCUUACAGCAGAUGUUUGCACACAACUGACCCAUCCCUUCCUCCCUUUUUUCCUCCCCUUGACUCCUUGAGAGAAGUGACAGGACUUGAGGAUUUGCAGUCGGCUACCCAACGUGGAUUUUGGGACCCGGUGUUCCGGGUUCUGGUCUCACCCCGUUGAACCGUGACGUCCCGCAAUACCCUUUACCAGAGAACCCAGGAGUCCUGGCACCCUGGAAUGGAGGACAGGAGGAGCUGCUCCUUUUGAUGCCAGUCAAUCUCUUCUGCCUACGAAAUGCCAAAAUUUAGAACACCAAACGGGUUGCACACACAUAUUAUUUUUCCCCACAAUUGGAUGAAAGGGGCUUUGUGUCAGAAGGCAGGUGUUAGGGGGCUAUUACGUUUGACUAUUCCAGUUUUCUUACUAUGAUACCUGUUAGUUUUUUAAAAAACACAAGCGAUGGUUUCUGUUUUUCCUUGCCUUCCUCGUGUUUUGUCUCCCGCACUGUCUGAUGUCAUCAUUUGUACAGAAACUCAAAACACAAAACCUCAUUGGUGACCCUCCAUAAAUAUGAACAGAGAUAUAUAUAAAUAUAUAUGAUUUUUCUUCUCUUUUUUUUUUUUUGGUAAAGCAAAACAAAUAUAUAUAGAGAGAGAGAGGCUCCAGGAGAGACUUGAGAGAGAUUAAAACUUUGUUCUUCUAUAAGGGGAAAGGAUGGUUCUUUCGUACAGAAAGGGAAUGGGAGAAAUAAUUACCUUUAUCUCCUUUGGAGAGGAUUCUUGGUCUUUUUAAUUUUCCAUGUAAUAAGUAUUGCUGCGAACUUUUGAGAAAAAAAGAAAUGGACAAUGGGCUCGAUGGGAGAUUUUUUUCAAAAGGAUGUUUACAAUUGUAUACUAUGAGCAAUGAGGAAUAAAGAAAGACAGGAUUUAAUCAAAA